AUGGCUAGGUUGACUGCUACUCAAUUACAAGCUAACCAUGCAGUGAAUUCUUUGCUUGCGAAAAUUUUACCAGGAUCUCCAAAAGUUAAAGUUAGUCGAAAAUCCAAAAAAAAUAACUUGAAGGGUUCUAAGGCGCAAUUGAUCGAUGCAAAUUUGAAACAAAGAGUGUUGUUGAAGCAAAAAGAUACCUUGAAGAUUAAGAAGAAACAAAAACAAAUAGCAAAAGCGAAAGUCAAGGAUAGAAGACUUGCUUUAGAACAAUCGGAAAGAAAUGCCAAACUACAAAUCUUAGAAUCUCAUAGACAAAGGGAUAUGUUAACGACUAGAGAGAAACAAUACUUAGACAAAUUAAUUAAGCAUAACGUUACUAAAGUGAAAUCUCUGGAUAUUGAUGAAGAACAAAAACAGGAAUUACAUGAGCUACAAGAAUUUAUACUUUCGAAUGACAAUAAAAAGAAACUACGUAGUAAGAAGAGAAGAUCUAAAGUAAAACAAUUUAAAGAAGAGAUUAAACCAUCUAGUAAGAAGGCUGUGGUCGAUCAUAGAUAUCCUGGAUUAACACCCGGAUUGGCUCCUGUUGGUCUAAGUGAUGAAGAAGAAUCUUCAAGUGAGGAAGAUUUGGAGGAAGAUUAUAAUGAUUAUGAUUGA